AGUCUACAUUUCAAGUGCUGUGUAUUAAUACUCGUGAUUAUAAAGUGAAGCGUCAAAAAAUUGAGUGUCUCUCAAAUUGUGAUAGUUGUUUGAAUAAACCACUUCUUACUCGUUAUUGUUUGCCGUCAAAUGACGAUAUCCUGAACUGACUUGUGAGGGGACAAUUCAUCGCAGCGUUUAUUGGAAAACAAAUAGUUAUAUAAGAAGUGGUUAUUAAAAGACAAUUAUUUAUAAGACAAGUGUUCAUCAAAUGAGUGCACAGUUUCGACAGAAUAUUAACUUUUAUAUCAAUACUUUUAAAUAUAAAAGUUGAUAUUUGUUUGACUCAUAUUUUUAAUAAUAAUAUUUUAUACAAUAUUCUAUAUUCUCAUAUAAUUCUUGUGUCUAUAAACCGAAGAAAUGGCAAAUUUAUUGUACGGUUUAAAUAAUUUGUGCACAAAAAGCGCAAUCAUUGGUAACACAAACGGCAAACUUUUGUUAUACUCAUCGAUCGGUUUGCGACCACAAGCUGUCCGUCGUAUACAUAAUGGUAAAAGAGGGCUGAGAGCCCUUCAGGACCACCUGCACAAAGAGAUUGAAAGCGGAUUAAAGUCUAACUCAUUGGACGACAAUCCCAACAGAAAUGUGUUGAGAAACGCUUUCGAGACGAGAAAUGAUUUGCGAAACGCGCAGAGAAUUGUUGUUAAAUUGGGUUCGGCUGUCAUUACCAGAGAAGAUGAGUGCGGAUUAGCGUUGGGAAGGUUGGCCUCAAUCGUCGAACAGGUCUCGCAACUGCAUAAUGAGGGCAAAGACGUCUUAAUGGUGACCAGCGGUGCCGUCGCUUUCGGCAAACAACGCUUGGGGACAGAGAUGCGAAUGUCUAUGUCUAUGAGGGAAACUCUGUCACCUAAAGAGCUGUUCCGGAGGGCCAAUCCCGAUCCCAGAGCCGCCGCAGCCGUCGGUCAGAGCGGUCUUAUGGCUCUUUACGACGCGAUGUUUAUUCAAUACGGAGUACACAUCGCACAGGUUUUGGUGACGAAACCCGAUUUCUACAAUCCUAUCAGUCGAUACAAUCUGAGGUCCACUGUUUUAGAGCUCCUCAAUCUGAACAUCAUUCCCAUCAUAAACACCAACGACGCGGUGGUGUCGCCAGCGCUGCCGGACAGCGACUUAGCCGGGGUGGGUGUGGGUUCGGGCCGACCUAAUCUAUCCGCAAUUAACCCGGUGAUCAGUAUUCAGGACAACGACAGCUUAGCCGCACAUUUAGCCGUCGAAGUGGGCGCCGACUCUCUCAUACUCAUGUCGGACGUGAACGGCAUUUAUACCCUCCCGCCAGACCAGGAGGGGGCGAGACUUCUGCACACAUAUGUGCCCUCUAAUCAGGAAAGCGUCACUUUCGGCGGCAAAUCGCGGGUAGGAUUGGGAGGAAUGGAGUCUAAAGUGAAGUCCGCCGCCUGGGCUCUGGACAGAGGCGUCUCUGUUGUCAUCUGCAAUGGUAUCGAAGAUCAGGCCAUCAAUCGGAUAAUGAGUGGCAAAAGAGUCGGCACUUUCUUCACGCAAUCCAAAGAGAAAACAGUUUCAGUUCAGGCGCUCGCAGCUAAU